UGACUUUGGAGAACAGUAAAGAGUAGGGUUUUCUUUAGUUUCUUUUGUUUUAAUCGUAAAAAACAUGCGAUUUAGGUACGUCUGUGAAGGCACCACCUGGGUCAAGAAACCAGACACUUCCAGGUCCCUGGGAAGGCUCCCUCCAGGCUGCCUUUCACCCCAUACUGUCACCAGUUCUCUCGGGCUGGGCACUUCUGGGGUGUGGGGAGGAGCCUGUGUGCUCUCCUGCUUGUGGAAAUUCUAUCCCCAACUCUCACCCCAGCUCAAAUGGGGGGACCCCUGCCAGGGCAAACAAGGCCGGAUGGAGGCGGCAACACAGCAGGGUGAGGCUGCUUGGCUGGGCCUGCCAUCUCGCCUCAGCCUUGCCCUGUGGCCGGCUGGGCCUCGGCGGGGCAGCUGGCAGCCCAGGUUGAGUAGGGUGUCGGCUCAGACUCAGGUCACCAAGGGCUGGAGGCUCCGGGGCGGGGGGCCCUUUGUGAUGUCAGUGCCCUGCCUACCACCCUCAGCGGCCCCUCCGUACCCCACCAGUGGCCUUUCCUCCCAGUCCAGAGAGGCAGCCGAGGAGGGUGAUGGGUUCCCGCUGUGCCAAGCUUGGCACGGGCCACGGCCGGGGCCACGAAUCCUCCAUGAAGAAGCUCGUGGCCUGCGUGAGCCAGGAUAACUUCUCCUUGUCGUCGGAGGGCGAGGAGGAGGAGGAGGGCGAAGAGGAGGAGGAGGAGGGAGAAGAGGAGCUCCCGGUGCAGGGCAAGCUGCUGCUGAUGGAGGCCGGGCAGCAGGAGGAAGGGGCCGAAGAUGCCGACUCGGAGGUCCAGCAGAGCCCCGAGCCCAAGCAGACGCGCUCCUGACCUGCGACGUGGCUGGAGAAGAGGAGCCGCCGCCGUUCCAGAGAGGAGGAGAACUUUCAGAAAAGAGUCAAUAAAGAGUCUCCAAGGAA